CUUUACUCAUGGCUGGAGGGAAGGCAGGAGUUCUCUGUGGCUUCUCUGGGCCACUUUAAAGUCUGUCAACAAGAAAGGACAAGGUCUUCAAGCUCCUGCAGAAGUCUUGUUCGCUGCUUUCAGUCUUGUGGCUGCUUCUUCAAUUCUGCAUCAUUUGUGGGAAUUUGCUGAUUCCCACACUCAGAACAGAGACACAGAACCACACAGAAUGAGCGCAUGAAUGAGUAAAUCGUGACUGAGAGUCCUGAGAAGCAUGGGAGGAAGGAAGAUGGCAAGAGACAAGGAAAGCACCUAUGGCUUGGAGGAGGAUUCACAGAUCCCAAGGGGGCCCCCACUGAGGCUCAUCCUGGUAGGUAGGACCGGGACCGGCAAGAGUGCCACUGGCAACACCAUCCUGGGGCGGACGUGCUUCGUAUCCAAGCUGGGGGCUGUGCCUGUUACCAGAUCCUGCUCCUGGGCCAACAGGAAAUGGGCUGGCUGGUAUGUAGAGGUGGUGGACACCCCGGAUGUCUUCAGCUCCGAGGUCAAACAGACGGACCCUGCGUACUCGGAGACAGCCCACUGCUUCCUACAGACGUCGCCCGGGCCGCAUGCGCUGCUGCUAGUCACCCAGCUGGGUCGCUUCACCACUCAGGACAGCCAGGUGCUGGCCCGGGUGAAGCGGGUGUUCGGGGAGAAGGUGAUGGCGCGGACUGUUGUGGUGUUCACUCGCAAGGAGGACCUGGCAGGAGAGUCUCUGCAGGAUUACGUGCAAUGCACAGACAAUCGCGCGCUGCGGGAGCUGGUGGCUGAGUGCGGGGGCCGCGUGUGCGCCCUAAACAACCGAACCACUGGCCCCGAGCGCGAGGCACAAGCUGAGGAGCUGCUGGGCCUGGUCGCUGGCCUGGUGAGGGAGCACGGGGGCGCGUACUACUCCAAUGAAGUGUAUGAUCUGGUGAGGACCCUGCGGGACUCUAGCCCCCAGGACCAAGUCAGCAAGGUGGCAGAGAUGGUGGCAAGACGCAUGCAGAGGCCGCUGCGCACCAGGCUGCUAACUGGGCUGUGGGACUGGCAGAAAUCUUACAGGAAGAGCUGGAGACGGGGCGUGGCUAUUUUCCUGGGUGUGGCCUUCCUGAUCUACCUGCUGGUCUACAGAAAGGCGCCUCAGGACCAGAACAGUGUGCGGAGGCAGCCAGUCCUCCUGCUCUCCUUCCUCCCAGGUCAGUUCUUGGAGGAGUUGCCAUCCUCCCAGGCAAAGCCUGUUGUAUUUGCCUCUUUGCCUCUGAAACAUUUUCCCAUGCUGGAAGGGCAGAAGAAAAUGGAAGGCCUCCAGAAGAGCACAUAUGGAGCCAUAGUUGAAGGGAGCGGGGAAGCCUACUGUGGAGCAGAAUCGGGCUGCCUGAGGAUCCUCUUGGUCGGAAAAUCUGGCUGCGGGAAAAGCGCCACAGGGAACAGCAUCCUCCUCCGAAAAGCAUUUGAGUCUAGGCUUGGAGCCCAGUCAGUGACCAGGACCAGCCAGGCAGAGACGGGCACAUGGAAGGGAAGGAGACUGCUAGUGGUAGACACGCCCCCCAUCUUUGGAUCAGAGGCCCAGGACCAAGACAUGGACAAGGACAUUGGAGAUUGUUACCUGCUGUGUGCCCCAGGACCCCACGUGCUGCUGCUGGUGGCCCAGCUGGGACGCUUCACAGCUCAGGACACCACAGCCGUGAGGAGGGUGAAGGAGAUCUUCGGGGCAGGAGUCAUGAGGCACGUGAUCGUCCUCUUCACCCACAAGGAAGACCUGGCAAAUGAGACUUUGGAUGAGUUUGUGACCCACACUGACAACCACAGCCUGCGCAGCCUGGUCCACGAGUGUGGGAGGAGGUACUGUGCCUUUAAUAACAGGGCCUCAGGGGAAGAGCAGCAGGGGCAGCUGGCAGAGCUCAUGGCCCUGGUGAGGGGGCUGGAGCAGGAGUGUGGGGGCUCUUUCCAUAGCAAUGACCUCUUCCUUCAUGCCCAUGUGCUCCUUAGCGAUGGCUGCAGGGAGUACCAGGAAGCCUACAGGUGCUACCUGGCCAAGGUGAGGCAGGAGGUGGAGAGGCAGAAGCGGGAGCUGGAGGGGCAGGAGGGCAGCUGGGUGGUUAAGAUGCUUUGCAGAGUCAGGACAUGCUCGUGCUCCCAAAUCGCAGCAGCCGCCCUUCUUAUUGGGUGUGGUUUGAUUUUUAUUGGCAUUUUAAUAAACUUGUAUGUUAACCGGUGGAACUGAGCCUUUUCAGGUGAUUUCUGCCAUCAGCGCCCUCUCCCAAGGUUCGCAUCUCUGUCUGAACUGGGCACCUCAGUUUCA